UGAGGACAGUGUCUCCAGCCUCAGGAUAUUUCUAAUAUUUGUAAGAACUCCAUAAUUUUUAAAAGUAACAAUUUAGUAGGGUAAAAAUAUACCAAUGCAAGGCAAGUAAAUACAACUUGAUACUAACUCGCCUGACGAAGGCACUCGAGACGUCAUGAACCCUAUAUAGCUACCCCUACCAAUGUUGACGAAUUUCCUACACCUAUGUUAUUUAGAUAUCAUUCAAUCAUUCAAUGGGUAGUGCACUGAAAACCUUGUUAAGAGGCGGUCCCCGUAAAUUUGUUGCCGCACGACUCGACCCUAUUGGCAUAGAUACGGGGGAGUAUUUUACACCGUUUACUGUUCUUUCAGCCAAUAUAUCGUUUUGAAUUUGUUUAAUUUUUUGUAUGAUUUCAAAAUGAAUAGAAUAAAGUGGUAAUUGCACUUCGUGUCGUCCAAUUUUGGUCUGAAAUUAAACUUGUGAUCACAAAUUGUAAUCACGCGUUUGAUUUCACACCAAAUUGCACUCCACUCAGUGCAACUACCAUUAUUAAUCACCCUGCUGAUUAAGAAAUGAAAUAUAUAAAUAGUGGGUGUUCACAAGAAACCGAAACACUGUCGACGGUAUCUUUAAUCGUAAAUGAGUUUUUUAUUAAUAGCAUUUCUUUGUAGUCCUAAAGUGAUUUCUAUCUUUACUGUAGUAUGUGUUGUAAACAUUUUUUGUAGCGCAAGAUAUUUUUCAAAGCAUUUUGUUUAAUUUUAACCCAGCAUAUUCAGGACACGAUAAUUUACUAUACGCCUAGGUCCUAGGAAUGUUCUCGCAAGCUCUUUUUUCUCAUGGAUAAUCAUAAUCCUGUAAAAAUGUAGGGAAUUGUUCAGAGCUACCGUGUAUGUUUGGAGCCGAAUUCUUUCUCACAAAACAAGGAAUGAAAGUUAUGUCUUAGCUUAGUUUUAUUGCACGCAACCAAGACUAUCAAAUUAAAGAAAAAACAACAAGAGUAAACAUAAUUUCCAUUUGUUUCAACUCUUUCAACUAUUAUUUUACUCAUCUUUCGUCAGUUCCAUGUUAAGUUAUUAGUCGAGAUUUGUGGGCGGGUAACUACAUUUUGGGUUGAAUUGGGUUUAACCGUAGUUAACCCCAAAAUGAACGACUCUCGUUAUAGCCGAUCCUAUUACUAACGGCUGUAGUUAAAAGUUUACUACCUUUUUAAACAACCGGCCUCAUUUAUUUUUAAUCUUCUCACCGGAAGGGAUUAUCUGAACUACAUAAUAAAGACAAGCGGUCGGCUUCAUUGAUAUUCUUUUAGUUAUUAAAAGGAAAAUUAGAUCAUGUAUAUAUUAUGUUCUUAAUGUGAUGUUGAUUUCCAUUGACAUUCUGGUUUUAAUAUAAUUAAUUUGUUCACAACCAUAAAUCAUCAUGUUACGUCAAAUAAACAAUUUUGAGAUGCUGGCUAAAAGAGUAACCUUAUUCAGUAUCUAUAAAAAUACGGAAUGUAAAGCAUGUUUAAAGAACACGCAUUGUAAAGUAGUAGAACAUGAGAAGGCAUCUUAUUCUACCCUGAACAUUAGGUAUAACUGGGAACAACAAUUUGAUCGCUUGAAUUUUUCAAAGGAGACCGCAUUACUGUAUUUGUUUUUGUAUUAUACUAAAGUUUACAAUACCUGAAAGGUUAUAUAUUGAAGGGUGAGACAUUGCACGUAAUUGUAAAAUAAAGUGGCGCUGCCGCUGGGAUUACGAAUGAUGCAAGACAUCGAAGUGAGGUGGUGACCUUUCACUUCAUGUCUGGACGCAGUUACUCAAAUCAAUCCAGCCAAGUUAGCCCAACCUUCCUUCUAACAUUCCGAAGCAUGGCUUGCGAAAACAAUAACAGUGCGCGACCGCUGUUCUACCAAAGUGUUGAAGAGCUUUCAGAAGCGAUAGAAACGACGAUCACAGGCAAUUUCCCAAAAUGGAUCAAAGGAACGCUACUCCGAAACGGUCCUGGAAAGUUUGAAAUUGGAAGCACUUCGUACCGUCAUCUGUUUGACGGCCUAGCCUUGUUACAACAGUUUGUGAUUGAAGAUGGAAAUGUCACAUAUUUCAAUAAAUUCCUACGCAGUCAAACAUACAAACGGAACAUGAAAUCUGGAACUAUCGUUGAGUCGGAAUUGGGAACUCUGGGUGUACCUGAUCCUUGCAAGAAUAUCUUUGCACGAUGGUUUACUUAUUUCUUUCCUAAAGAAUACACAGACAACGCUUCGGUUAAUUUUUGCUGCAUCAGAGGAAAGAUUUAUGCAAUGACAGAGGUCCCGGUUAUUACAGAAAUUGAUCCAACCAAUCUUGAAUGUUUGGACAGGAUAACAUUAUCUGAUGCUUUUAAAGGUACAAUGAAAAAACUAUUCUUCUCCACUGCUCAUCCACAAGAAGAUGAUGACGGUUCUGUCUAUAACCUGGCGCUUGGCUAUGACAGAGAGAAUGGUCUCGUAUACGUCAUUACAUUAUUACCAGCAAAUUCUGGAGAUACAGAGAUCGAGAAAUCACUGGACGGAGGAAAAGUAGUCGCAAAAAUACCAGCAUCAUUCCAGCAUUCUUACAGCCACAGUUUUGGUAUGACUCAGAAAUACUUCAUCUUCAUACAACAACCGCUGACUGUAAACUUGUGGAAGCUCGCAGCUUCGCGUUUCGUCGGAUGGAGCAUCCUCGAUACCUUUUCGUGGGAUACAAAGACGGGAGUAAAUUUCGUGGUAAUAUCUCGUGAGAGUGGUGAGGUUGUUCGUACCAUCAAAUCAGAGCACUUUUUUUUCUUCCAUGUCGUAAAUGCGUAUGAUGAAGGUAACGAGAUUGUCCUGGAUAUUUGCUGUUAUUCAGAUGCUGGGUUUUUUCAACGGUUAUAUUUGCAAGAGAUACGAGAAGAACGUGUGCCCUCCACCUCUUUGACGGCUCAAUUACGGAGAUAUCGCUUGCCUAUCGACUUGGAAACACCAGAAGCUACACUCGAGAAAAAACCAUCAGGAAAUGAUUACGAGAUCUUGUCAGACGUUUGUUUUGAUCUACCACGUAUUAACGAGAAGUACAAAAGAUUACCUCAUCGCUAUAUAUAUGGUGCGUGCAGUGCAGACAACAUCGUAGAUGGUCUAAUGAUACAUAAGCUUAUUAAAGUUGAUGUUGAAACGAAACAAAGUCUAAUUUGGAGGGAAGACGAAUGCCUGGUAUCAGAACCCGUGUUUAUUCCAGCCCCAGAGGGUCAAAAGGAAGAUGAUGGUGUGGUGAUGUCUUCUGUUUAUGAUCCAGUCAAAGAUAACUCAUUCUUAUUGGUGCUUGAUGCCCGUUCGUUUACGGAGAUUGCAAGAGCAGUGGUACCAUUACGAUUUGCACCUUCCAUUCAUGGACGUUUUUUUUCAUAAACAUGCAGCUCGCUUGUACAUUUUAAACUUUCUUUAAUUACGUUAAAUAGCAUCCUAAUUGAAAACGUUAAACCUUUCCAGAUUUUGUAGACCAGUUUUGCACAAUGAAGAAUGAAUUAUAUCACGGACAGUAUAAUGAACUAUAAGGACAGUUUUUAUGCGUGAUUACUAUAGUUUUCUGGGGUUUUUUUUCAGUAGAACAAGCAAGAUGCUUUAGGCACAACUUGUGUGCUUUUUUACAAAGUUUUUUCUACAUUUCCUAAAACAAAGGAGUAGCAGUAAUUGAUAUGAUUUUUUAAACUUUAAAUAUGUGGAAGAGUAAAAUUCAUUAGCUGUGUAAUAAUAUAGAAGGAAUAUUAUGACUUGUAAAUCAGUUAUCAUCAAUCAGUAAUUUCUAUAUCUAGUAACCAGUUGUCUAUGCCUAUAUGUCAAUGCUAAGUGCAUGGUAUUUCACGGAUUAUUGAGUAUAACUAUCUUGCCUAUCUUGUUAUAGAUUAA